GUGGAAGCGAGGCUUGUGAUCGAUACUGGGACCUGCAAGGUGUUAGGACAUGUGUUGCUAUAAAUCUCUUGCUUGUAUUCUGGCUCUCUAAUUGACUGCCAAGGCACUCGUUAUGCAGCAUCUGAAGCUUGGAAACCACUGAAUAGGUCGACUUCACAUUGUGUAGAUAGUUUGGGUUCGUCGCGAUCUCAUUAGAGGUUUGUUGCCAGAGUAGUGUUGGAAUCGGAGACAGAAUGGCAGGCUUGGUGAAUAAGGCUAAGGAUUUGGUGGCUGACAAAAUUGCCCACAUGGAGAAGCCCUCUGCUGACUUGACGGACGUGGACCUCGAUGACAUUUCUCGCGAUUCCGUGAGACUCAAGAGCGAUGUGCUGAUCAACAAUCCAUACGACCAUGACCUUCCCAUUCUUGAAAUCACUUACCGUCUCCGAUGCGGCGAUAGGGAGAUCACAUCCGGCACUGUAGGUCACAACGGGUCAGUUGCAGCAAAUUCAAGUACUGCCAUCGCAGUGGGAUCCAAGGUCCCCUACAGCUUCCUUGUCAACUUGAUGCGCGACAUUGGAGCAGACUGGGACAUUGACUACGAUUUCGAUGUGGGCGUGAAGCUCAAACUUCCAAUUAUUCACUCCUUCACCAUCCCCCUCCACAAGAAGGGCACGUUCAAGUUGCCGACACUGUCGGACAUAUUCUAAUUUAUAGAUAGAAAUCGAUUGUAAAGAGAUCUGCUUUUGUUGAUAGACUUGUAUAUCGGCGCGAUUUCUUGCCAAGAGGGAUGUGCAGACACAGAGGCUACCAUCUGUUACCAGUAUGUUGUUAUUUGAAUACGUCUGCGUUUGCUUAAGUUGAGUUUUUCUCUAAUCAAAACGGCGAGUUACUGUCACUUGUACAA